UAGAGAGACUCCGAAACGUCUUGUUCGAGUGCGAGGCAUCGUGAUAUAUUUACGCGAACGGGGAGACUCCGGUAGAAAGGAUGGCAUCGGUCCAGCAACCACGUUACUGAAAUAGAUUUCGGCGCUGGUAAUGCAACGGGUCCUCCUCGUAGGCAAUGAAUAGCGGCAAGAAGAUCAGUAGCGCGUCGGCCAGUUCCCGAGGAAAAACCGGAGGUACCCGACUCCGCGAGCUACACAUGAACAAUCCGGGAGCUGAAAAAUGGCGGCCCAUGGCCAUUUCGAAUCCAUCUACUCGAUUGCGUAUGGCACGGACCAUGCCUCAUUGGGUAUUGGCACAACAACAGAAGGAUGCAGAGGAGCGGAAGGAACGAAUACCAACGCCACCGAAGGUACCACCACCAUCGCUCUCCGGAGACUGUGGUGACCCAGACUAUGAGAUCAUCGAAUUCCCGAUCCGUGGAACACCCCAGAAAACGACACCAAUAUCGACCGACCUAACAUCCAUUACGAAACAUAGCAAAUGUGCUCUAUGCGGCACCGAGAACGUUUUCGCACGAUGCGACACCUGCAAAGAGAAUUAUUGCGAAGCUUGUGACGACAUGAAUCAUAAACAUCCCAAGAGAAAAGCUCACGUUAGACGAAGGAUCGUGACCGAGACAGCAGCAAAGAACAGACCACCUUUGCCACCAAAAGGUGAAAAUCUAGGUGGUCCACCUCCUGUACCACCACCGAGAAGAAAUCGCAAGAGCUCUCAGGCCAAACUCACGCAGAAUCAAGGAGCUACGAAUCGAUCAUUGAUCGAGAAACCAGGAAGUACGAAGCGUGAUCUUUCCAACGCUAGUGGAUCAUCGUCGGCGUCUAGGGAGACAAAUUUUCAAGGAUCGAAGAUAACGCGAUCAACGAUUAAUACCACGAUCGAAGGAUCAGGAUCGGGUACCGACAAAAUGUCUACCUUACAGGAAAGAUACAGGAGAUAUCAGGAAGCAAUGAGAGCACAAGAUGCAAAUCGACGAAGACGUACACCAUCGGAUGCUUCGUCGAGAGAAACCACAAGUCCCAGGCCGGUUAGCAUAGGGAGUUCUAAAGCUACGCCACCUUUACCACCUCCACCACCUCCAAGAUCUAUAAUACAAUCGACCAGCGUGUGCGAUCUCACGACACCACCGCAUAUGUGGAAUCUUGGAAUGCAUCAGGCACAAUCGAUGGCACAGUUAGGUCCCGGUGGAAUGCCAAUGAUGUGGUACUCGCCGAACAAUCCCUGGGACGCUUCGUCAAUGAGUGCUUCGACCUUGAGUUUAAAUCAUCCAGCUUUAUGGGCAUACCCCAUGGGAUAUCAUCCGUCUCAAAUGUUACCACCGCAUUAUCCGGGAACUUUGUCAAGACCGCACAGUCCAGCGAGGAGUAUAAAAUCUAGCAGAAGGUCCAGGGCACCCUCACCAUCUCCAAGUAUAAAAUCAAGAAAGUCUAUCGUCUCGAGAUCGAGAUCGAGAAUAUCACCAGGAUCGCCAUCGGAUGCUAGCUCCGAAGAUUCCGAGGAAUCUGAUUUUGACGAUAGACUUUCUCGAGGAUCGAGAAGUAUCAGACGAGGUAGCGUUCCAAGAAGUAUCAGACAAAGAAGUUAUCAGGAUAACGAUGGUUCUAGAACUUUACUUUCUCGACCUCGUCGAGAGAGACUAACGUCGGAGGAUAGGAUGACCAGUACGGAGGAACAAUGGUCUGAAAAUCAAUCGACCAGACGGUACUCGAUGUCCUCAAGAGGUUACGAGGACUCUCGAAGGAAUACAAUCGAUUCUCGCCUUCGGAACAUUGAAAAUGGGACUUACCACGAUCAACGACGCGAACGACGACGACGUAAAAGUACCGACGAGGAACUGUCCGAUCGAAAAUCUAAUCCAACAGCUAGAACGAGGAUCACAAGUUCCUCCGACGAUCAUUUCGAACGGACGGAAAAACGUUCGACGUUAUACGACGACGAAAUCCUUUCGACGAAGAGACAAUCUUUAAGAGGCGAAGACGAUUCGAGGAGAUCUAUCUCGCAGAGAGCUUCGAGAAUGACUAUGGCCGCCGAGGCGGAAAGACAAGCUCUAGAUUCAACCUUGAAAAGAGAAAUAGAAAAUGAUACCUUGGAACGUCUUUCGUCGCGUUCUAUACGAAACGCCACAACGGAUGUCGAGGAACUGCGUAAAAGGGAACAACGAAUUCAGGAGCAAAAUAUAAUCUCGUCGAAGAGAAUAUCGUCGUUUAAAAGAGAGGACUCGUUGGAUAAGAGUGAACGAUCUUCGGUACACCGUAGCUCGAGAAGGUCUUCCAUCGAAACGGAUAUAAAUCCAAAUUUAAAAAGAUUAUCCGCACGUGAAAUAUCCCGAACAAAGGAGGACGACGAUAGGAGUUUAACGAGCAAUAAAAAAGAAUCGAGCAUAGAUCGGGACUCUCAAAUAUCUCGAAAUAACGAAUCGAUUCAAAUCAAAGAGAAGAAAAUCUACGUCGAAGAUAACAAUGAGUCGUUCAAAGGAUCGAAAGAAAUAGUAAAUGCGUUGAAGAAAAAUUCUCCUACGUAUAAAAAAGGUACGAUCGAAUUACCAACUGACGAAUGGUCCUGCGAGCACUGUACUUUCAUUAACAAAAUCACCGAACGCGUUUGCGUAAUCUGCUGCAAAACCAGAAGCAGUGCUCUACCUUCGAACGAGACGGAUGAUCCCGAUCCCAACAUAGAAGAUAUUCAAACAAUCGAUAACGAUAACAAACAAGUGUCGGGUUCUACCGAGGAUCCUAAUCUCGAUUUGGAGAAGAAAACAAAUCUUUUGAAAAUCUCAAAUAGCGAAGAAAGUGGUGACAGUGGAUCGACAAAGAACAAAGGUAUAAGCCUAGCAGAAAGUUCGACAGAUAUGCAUGACGUUAAAUUAUCCGAAGCAUCGACCACGUCCGAGAAAAAAGACGAAGUAACUUUGACAUCCUCGACACCAACAUUAUCCUUAUCAAAAGGAAUUAAUCCUGAAGAUAUCGAAGAACUCGUAAAACGACCAGAGAUAUCUAAAUCCAAUGAGAGGAUCGAAGAAACUCGUAAAGUUUCAACUGGAACAUCUCCGCCACCUCAAAGUAUCUCCACCCAAACAUACGAUUUCCUUCCACGAGGAGGUAGUGGUUCCCUUCGUAGAUCGAUGUCGACUUCCAAAGGAUUUUUGUCCUACGAGGAUAGCGAGACAGAGGAACCAAACAGAUUUACAAACAGUCCCGAUCUUUAUCCACGAACUAUACACGAACAAUAUCUACGGCAGGCGAUUUCAAGUCAGAGCAGAGAUCGAACACGAAGAAAUUCCAUCGACUCAGCUCAUCUAUAUUAUCGCUCUAGGGAACCUAGCCAACCUAGAUUCAUCGAAGUAGGUCCUAGUACAUCAUCUCAAGGUGUAUCUACGUUGACUCGUCAAGGAUUAGAAAUCGUCGAGCUCUUGCGAGAAGCCGAGAGACAAGGAUAUUCGACUGACGACGUACAGGUGGCCCUAACACAGGGUGCAUCCAAUCCAAUAGAAUGGUUAAAGACGCAAUGGCCUCGUUCGAUCGAAGCCGUUCAAAUUUUGGUAAGCACUCAGGGAAAGGAACAAAGAGAGAAUAAUAUCGGUGUCCUUUCUGUCAACGAAGCGAAGGAUGCUUUAAGAUCGGUCAAAGGUGACGUUUGGAAUGCUGUCACCAUUGCUAUCCAACGUAGACAGCACAAGACCGCAGAAAUUCUAACAAAGGGCAAUUUUACGAUGGCUGAUGUUGUUAAAGCUCUCGAUAACAACGAUGGCAUCGUCGAUGCCGCUUUACUCGAGUUACAGAAAAAUCAAUUGAAGCCAUUUUUAAUGAGGAUCUGGGGUCCUCCGGUCGGGGUCGAAAACGAUGGGGCUGCACCACAAGGAGAUGCGGCUGGUAUAGUUGGUGGUGCAACAAGGAUUCUCGAACAGAUUACCAAUGUAUCGGAUACGGAGGCGAAGAAGCAGGUAAUGUCACCAAUUAUUGACAAUUUCGUCGCAUUGCAGACCGACUUUAGAAAACAGCUGGCGGCGUUAAGACAAAUGACUUAUAAUUGGGAAUACGAGAAAGACCCUCUAAACAACACUCGAGGUAAUAAUUCGGUUGAUUUACUCGGCAGCUCGAACGGCGAAGACCCGACGAUCGACGAAACCCUAUUACCAAGAUCACUAGAAAAUAUUAAUUCAAGUCAAACGAUAGACGUAGAGAUUGAACAAACGGAUAAAUUAGAAAAUACCAUGGAUGAUAAAGAUAAUCGAUUAGAGAGUGAUAUAAUUGAAUCAAUGGAAAAUAAACAGGAUAACGAUGAUACGAAUAUUAUAGGAAAUAAUGUGGGAUUAACGGAGGAGAAAGAAUUCGAGAUCAAUGACGAAAAUAAAAUAAAAGAAAUAAUUCGUAUCGAUGAAUCGUCGAAGGUAAUAAAAACUCAUGAUGAAGACGAUCGAAAUAAUAAUUUCAAAGAAGAUAUUACGCUGGUGGAUUCAUACGAUGCCGUAGUUACGAAUGAGAAACAUUUCAAUUCUGAAAUUGCUACGGUUACAGAGAAAUCCGAUGAUGAGGAUGUUACGAAAGGGAAUAAAGAAAUGGCGAAUGAGAAUGAAAUAUCGAUGGGCGAUAGGAAUAAGGAGGAUGGAAAGCUCUUUCGUAACAAGACUUUGCCGGAGGAUAAAAAAAAUAUUUCACAAGAGUCCUCCCUUCAACGAGAUACAAAUAUCGUCGAGCAAUCGGAUCUGAAAAUGCAUAAUGACGCUACGGAUCGUACGAUAACAAGAAAAAUAAACGAAUCUAAGAUAGAGAAUUUAUUUACGAACGAACGUUCUACCAUAAACGAGGUUGAUUUAGAAGUAAACGCUGUAUCUCAGUCUAAAACGAUGGAUUUGCUAAUGUCUGCUGUUAAAUCCUUGCCAGAACAAAUGAUAGGUCCUUUCGUAAAAGCUAUGAAAAUGUUAUCGCCCAAAUUGACGACAAUCGAUACCGAUACCGAUGUAAAUGAAAACGAUUAUACCAACCUUGCCUCUAAUCCUCAUUCUGUUCAUUCCGAGUCAAUGAUCGGAGGAAAGGAGGAAGAAAAUGAUAAUGUAAAUGAUCGACCGAUCGAUAUACUUGUUUUAGAUAAAAAGGAUAUUAAAGGUAGAAUUUCUGAAUCCAUCGAUGAAAAUAAAAAGAUUACAACGAUCGAUAGGGCUUUAGAAGAAAUAGAAAUCGAACAAUCAUCUAUGGUCGUACUUGAUAACGAAAAUGAAAAUAAUAAUAUAUCGAAGGCAAAUAACGACAACGUGAAUUUCGAAGGAAAAGAUUUGACGAAUCAACAGAAGGACUUCCGAGCGGUAGCUGUAAACGAUUGCGCUCCGAUCAAAGAAAUAGAAAAAAUUAAUUCCGAAUUGGAAAACGGAAAGAAAAUCGUUGAUAAGAUUAAGGAGGAACCGAUCGAUGAUUUAAACGUUAACAUUUCCGAAAAGAUUAAAUCCAAUGACAUUGACAAAAUCGAAACGAAUUUAAUUGAAUCAAUUGAUAGUGCGACAAAACUAACGAGAGGUGAUAUUAUUAAAGAACGAUCUAAAUCGCCGGUAAAAAAAGUAAGUAGAAGAAAAUCACCAGUUAAGAUCAUAAAGAGAACUAAUACGCUUCUACCUAAAAAGAUCUCGACAAAAAUCAACGUUCUUCCGAGAACCAAUGCUCUUGUGAAAGCGAAAAACGCAGCCGCUGAAAUAAUGAAGAAACCGAUCGGUUUGAAAAGUAUUACAAAGAUUGAAGACACACGAUCGAAUGGAUCCAUCGAACAUAUUAAAGACGAUCGCGUUAAGAGAUCAGAGAAUACAAUAAAAUCAAUAAAAUCAUCGAUCGAUAAUGAAAAAAGAUCUACGAGCUCUACGAAUCAAAGAUCGAUCGAAUCGACGUUUGUACGAUCUAAAGAAACGACAAAUAUCAAGGACGAAAGAAUAGAAUUCGAAAGAGAUGAGAGUGUCGAUAAAAACAAGUCUAAAGUUAAAUUCAUUUCGAAAAUUCCCAUUUUAACUGGACGAUCCAAAAUGUCAUCUAAAAAUGUGCGAGCUACAGCAUCGAAAGAUAAACCAGUAAAAAUAAAUAAAAUAAUAUUGGGAUCUAUACCAACGAAAUUGCCUGUUGCGAGACAAACAAUUUUAAAAACAAAUCUAAAAGAUACGAAGAUAUCGAAUAUUUUAGAAAAUGUUAAGGAGAAUGAUAUUGUCGUUAAAAGAGAAAAAGAAACGAUUAAAAUCAAUCGAACGGUGGAUAAGAUCGACGACAAAAAAAUUGACGUAGAUAACGAUGGAUUUAAUUGUCGAACGGGGAAAGAAAAAUUAGAAAACAACUUAGAAACUUUAGAGAUCAAAACUGAAAUGGAACGAUCUAAUAACAGUGAUGACGGCGAAUCAGGUUCCGAGCACGAUAACGAAGAAAAUGAAGAAGACGAAGAUGAUGAUGAUGAAGGAGAAGAAAAAGAGGUUUCAGACGUCGAAGAAUCCAGUUCGGUUUUCGAUAGUUCCUCCUCCGAGUCAGAAAAUUUUACCGUGCUAAUGAGAGAAGUUCCUAAGUCUAGCUCGGAGAAAAGUAACUCUGUCGAGAGUCUGAUCACCGUUGAAGAUCAAAUAGAAAAGACGUUGCAGGCUAUAAGAGCCGAAUUAUCGAAUUACGAGUCUGACGAAUUAGAGGAAAAUGAAGAUUUGAAACUCGACGAGAGAGAUGCGAAAAAAGGGGGGAAUAUAGAAAAUGAUGAUUCGUCGUCUCUGAGCGACGAAAUAUUUGAGGAAGCAAUAUCUGAUGUGGAAGAGUCCAUUGACAUUAAUAUCGCUAAGGUGAACAAAAUAGAAAUUACUCAAAAUGACAUUAAAAUAAAGACUUCGGAAGAUUCGUCGAUCGUAUCGAAGAGUCGCGAUGAAAAAACGACAAUAGAAAAACAAAAAUCAAAAGAAUCUAAUAAUAAGAUAACGAGAAAUAAAAUGAAAUAUAAUUUGAUUAAUGACGAUGCAAAUAAAAAUACGAGUAACGUCAAUGAAAUAUUAAAGAAAAAUACGGGUAAGAUCGCGAAAUUAGAGAAAAAGAAUUUACAUGAUGGCAAUACGAAAGACGUGAAAAUAAUACAAAGCGUUAAAACGUUACGAGAGGUCGAGACGAAUGAUAAAAAUAAAAGAAAAAAAGAUAAGGAAGAUACACGAGUUACGCAGAGUAAAAGAUUUUCUUUAGUAGCCAGUUGUAUACGUCGAUUCGAGGGUGAAGAUAAAACAGAAAGGAAACGUAAUGAAGUUGAAAAUGUCAACGCUACGAGAAGAGAGGGAUCUCCCAAAACGGAAAGGGAGAGAACGGCACGUAGAUUGUUAGCUGAGGGACGUGCAUCGAAUUACGAGGAGGCUGAAGUAGCUGCCAGUUUAUUAGCUCUCAAAUUCGGGGAUGCAGAAGCUAUUCAUGCCGCUAAGGAAUGUGGUAGUGUCGAGUCGGCUCUUGCAUUUUUACAACAAGAAUGCGAACUUUGUACCGGACGUUAUGCGAUGAGUCAGAUGAUAUCCCUGUUGAAAUGUACACAUCGCUGUUGUAACGAGUGUGUCAAAAAUUAUUUCACCAUUCAGAUAAGCGAUAGAAAUAUAAUAGACGCUGUAUGUCCGUUUUGCAAAGAACCUAAUCUGAGGGAUGCGAACGAAGAUGACGUUCUAGAAUAUUUUAGUAAUCUAGACAUUCAAUUAAAAUCACUUUUGGAUCCUCCUAUUCACGAACUCUUUCAAAGAAAGCUAAGAGAUCGGACUCUUAUGCAAGAUCCUAAUUUUAAAUGGUGCAUUCAGUGCUCGAGUGGCUUUUAUGCGGACCCAGAACACAAGAGACUGAUCUGUCCUGACUGUAGAUCUAUAACGUGUGCCUUUUGUCGGAAGCCUUGGGAGAAACAACACGAAGGUAUAACUUGCGAACAAUUCGCAGCUUGGAAAGAUGAAAAUGAUCCAGAUAAUCAAGCGGCUGGUUUAGCGAAACAUUUGGCCGAUAAUGGUAUUGAUUGUCCCAAAUGUAAAUUUCGAUAUUCUUUAUCUCGAGGAGGUUGCAUGCAUUUUACCUGCAGUCAAUGCAAAUUUGAAUUUUGUUGUGGUUGCGGUAAAGCUUUUUUUAUGGGUGCUAAAUGCUCGAUUAGUCCCUACUGCGCAAAAUUAGGCCUUCACGCUCAUCAUCCGCGCAAUUGCCUCUUCUAUCUUCGCGACAAGGAACCCGCACAAUUACAACAAUUACUCAAAGAGAAUGGCAUUGAGUACGAUACGGAAGGGCCAAUAGGUGAAAGGAAAUGUAAAGUUCAAUUGCAAAAGGAAACCCCAGCGGGUGUUGUCGAUGCAAUUUGCAAUUCGGACGUCGUCGAGGGACAAGCUGGUUUAUGCAGGAUUCAUUACGUCGAGUAUCUUGUUCGAAAGAUACGUUCUACGCAGUUGGAACCUCUUCCGCUGUUGAAUGUAGACGAUCUCGAGACUUGCGUUAAACGAAGCGGCUUAAAGCUACCUCCAAAUUGGCAGCACUACAUUGAAUACUUGGCGGGCCUGGUACUCAAAAGCAAGCUGGACCCUGUGGCCAUCUUUGACUUGAACGACGCCAAGCAAGAGUUGCGCCGACGGGGAAAAGUUCCCCCUGCGAAGGACCAGGAAAUGUCCGAGCGGGAUUAUCUCCAGGCGUGUAUUCAGAUUGUACAAAAGGAAAUUCCACUGGAAUAGUAGGAAAUAAACACGUGAGAAACCUUCAAGAUUCUAUAAAAAAAAAAAAAAAUCUACGUUCCACGUAUUUUAAUGCGGUACUUAUUUAUUUUAUCAGUACCCAUCGUAUGUAGGAAGCAAUUCAAAGCUCAAUAAAUUACUAUGUAGGCAAUGAG